CCACGUCUAAAUCGUAUGAUCCACUUGAAAUAACACAUAACUUUCCUUUGCCGCACCCAAAUUGAUUGCGCGAUUUCUCUCAUUCCUUACUUGUUUAAUUGCCGAUUUACUUUACUUCUCUCACGAUGUCAACUUUCACGAGAAUCGCAGAGGGGUCGACCCCUUCGAUUGAUGUCGAUGUUUCGAGGAGACUAUCAAAAAUUGGUAAAUAUAUGCAUGGAGUGCAGUAGAUGAGAGUCUAUCACUAACAUCGGAAUCAGAUGACAAUAUUUAUGGGGGUUUCAUGGAGUAAGUCGAGGCAUUGAGACUGAAGUGUUGUAAGCAUACAAGGAAAGAUCCGAGUGGUUCUUGACUUCUCUGCUUCUAAAGGUUUCCAUCUAAGACAUGUGUUUAUCUUUUCGUUGGAGGCCUACUAUAAGGUGUUUGAACAUGUUUAAUCUCAAGAAAAAUAGUUAUGGUCUUUCUUUUUUUCCGUUGAAUACCUCUGUUCGCACUUGUGGAUUGGAAAUAGCUCUUCUACUAGUCAUUCUUUCUGUCCGAAUAUCCCACCAAAGAUUCAGAUCUGAUCGCAAAUCUAUUCUCCAACGACCGAGUAGAUUGCUUGCAAACAGAUUAGAUCAAUAAUCCCAAAGUUCCCAACUCUACACACCCAAUCCCCUCAUCCAAAACAUCAUACUCAUUCCUCACACACUCGAUUGCUUCCACCCCCCUUAACCCCACCAACCCACAAACUAACAAAAACCAGACACAUGGGCCGCUGCAUCUACGGCGGAAUCUACUCCCCAGGCAGUCCCCUCUCCGACCCCCACGGCUACCGCACCGAUGUCCUCGCCGCCCUCCGCGAACUCGACAUCCCCGUCAUCCGAUACCCAGGAGGCAACUUCGUCGCAACAUACCACUGGCAAGACGGGGUGGGACCGCGGGAGAAACGUCCUGCGAGGCCGGAACUCGCGUGGUUGGGGACGGAGACGAAUGAGUUUGGUGAGUGAGUUUUCUGUUAAAGAAAGAAGAAGAAGAAAAAGAAGAAAAGAAGUGAAGGAGGAGGGGAAAAGGGGACUGAGGAGGAGUGAAGGAGGAGGGGGAAAGGGGACUGAGGAGGAGUGAAGGAGGAGGGGGAAAGGGGACUGAGGAGGAGUGAAGGAAGAGGGCUAACAAGAUAUCAGGAACGGAUGAAUUCAUGCACUUCCUCAGCGUGCUAAGCGAGGGGAAGGAGAAGCGAGUUGAACCCUAUUUCGCGCUGAACUUUGGGACGGGCACGCUUGAUGAGGCGCUCGCGUGGGUGGAAUACUGUAAUGGGACGAGGAAUACGUAUUAUGCCAAUAUGCGACGAGCAAAUGGACAUCCAGAGCCGUAUAAUAUUAAGUAUUGGGCGCUUGGUAAUGAGGUAUUUCCAUUUCCUCGUCAUUUAUCUCAGUGUUUAGACUUCGAACUUCACACUGUCACUUUCACAUAUUCCAAUUUUGAGACUGGAGAAUCAAGAUGCGAUAUACAGACUGACAAUGAUAUCUCACAGAUGUGGGGACCCUGGCAAGUCGGCCAAAUGACAGUAACAGACUACUCCAAGACUGCCCUCCAAUGGGCCAAAGCCCUCAAACUCCUCGAUCCCACCCUCUGCCUAAUCCUCUGCGGCGAAGACGGCGUCUCAACCUGGGACCACACCGUCCUGCAAGAAUGCAUAAAAUACAUCGACAUGCACUCCAUCCACAUGUACACCUGCUCGCCCACCCACCUCCCCAACGUCGUCGCUCCCUUGGCCGCCGAACGCGCCAUCGAGACCACAGCCGCUAUGAUCGACCUCGCGCGCAUCAGGAACAAAAUCCCGUCGUCGACGCCGAAAACGACGAUCUGCUUCGAUGAGUGGAAUGUCUGGGAUCCCGUACGGAGUCCGGGGGAGGAGGGAGGCGAGGAGGCGUACACGUUAAGUGAUGCGCUUGCGGUAGGGGUGUGGUUGAAUGUAUUUGUGCGGCAGAGUCGGUGGGUGGGGAUGGCGAAUAUUGCGCAGAGUGUGAAUGUUAUCUCGCCCUUGAUGACGACCGAGGAGGGGAUUGUGAAGCAGACUACUUGGUGGCCGCUUUUGUUGUAUAGUAAGUAUAUGAGGGGAUGGACGAUCGGGACGCAUGUCAGAGCUGGUGCGUAUGAGGGAGUUACGCAGCCGGAGUGGUUGCAUGGUGUCUUGGAGGUGGGAGCGAGUUGGUUGGAUGUUAGUGCUUGUGUUGGUGAGGAGGGGACGGUGACGCUUGCGGUGGUUAAUAUUAGUGAGACUCAGGAGUUUGGAACGGAGGUGAAAGGUGUUGAGGGUGAGGUUAAGGUGUUUACUGUUACGGGACGGGAUAUUACGGUUUCGAAUAUGAAGGGGAAGGAGGAAGUUGGUGUUGUAGAGAGUACUUGGGAUGGGAAGGGGAAGUUUACUUUUGGGAAACAUUCUAUUACCCUUCUGACAUGGGAGAGUGGAGUUAAGGUUGAGGUUGUGGAGAAGGGGAAGGGGGUGAGAAGUGAUGCCAGGACGUUGACUGGAAGUGGUGCAAAGUAGAUGUCUUGGAUAAAUGAAAAUUGGAUCUCUAAGACUUCUAGAAUUAUGAGAUGUAUAUAUCGUCCAAGAGCCACCAGGAAUAGAAGCAUUC